AUACAUAUAAUUUCCGCAGAAUCGUAUAAUAUCAGCGUAACAUUUAAAAUCAGUUCAGUUGAUGAACUAAAAUAUCUAGGAACACCUAAUACAGAGGUAGUGACAUUAUAAGUGGUGGGAAACCAAAUAAUACGAGCUGAUACAACAAUGUUUAAAUCACCCUUUUUCGCUGCGCUUUGUUUUAUUUUCGCCUCGAGCUACGCUGAACAGAGCGAGCCAUCCGUCAAGGAGAUCUGUAAGUUAGUUGCACCUGGCACCACGAUUAUAUACCCGAACACAUGUGACAAAUGGGUUCGAUGUCCAUCAUCAUUCAGUGCUGAAGAUUAUGAAGAAGGCUCAUGUGUAUUCGGCUUAUAUUUCAAUAAGGACACAGGUCGUUGUGAAAGUAUUGAAAAUGUUAUCUGCCCUUAUGCAUCUGCCGAAACCAGCAAUCGGUGCGCUUCCAAAGAGGAUGGCACCUUCUUGGCACAUCCAGAUAACUGUAGUGGUUACAUCUUUUGCAGUAAAGGCAAAGAAAUGCAAUCCACUUGUCCAUUCGGCUUAAUAUUCCACCCAGGAAAGGCAUCAUGUGUAUAUGUAAAUGAAUACAAAUGCCCAAUAAAGCAGUCUGCAGCCAAAGCUAAUCCCAUUUGUAAGGCUGUACCUAAAGGUCUUCUACUUGCAAAUGUCAACGAUUGCACUAAAUACUAUAAAUGUGACGAAGGAAGUCAACUCAACUCUCUACAGUGUAACGAAGGCGAAGCUUACAAUUAUUCCACCAAGGAAUGUGUGUCCCGAAACCAGGUAAUCUGCCACCCUUCAGCGCCACAGCUUGAACCAGAAAUUGAUGUGUGCGGCAGUGAGAAUAAUACCGUAGUUGGCUAUAUUGCCGAUAAAGAAUCUUGCAGUUACUAUUAUAUAUGUGCUGAGAGGAAAGAUGGAAAACCUGAUCGCAAACCCAUGCAUCUAAAAUGUCCAAAUGGCUACUUCUUUGAUAGCAAGACAUGGUCAUGUCGCGAUCGUGUGAAUGUUAAGUGCUAUUUGGACCGUUGCGAGGGCAUGGGUAACAAAUAUGUCAAUGUUAUCGGUGAUUGCACUUCUUACGCUCAUUGUAAAAACGGGGUAACAUUGAAUAAUGGUAAAUGUAAAUCGGGAUUAUUCUUCGACGAACGCUCACAGAUUUGCACUCAAGAUAUAAUUACUUAUGCAGCUUGUUCGCCUUAAGUCUUGUAGUAUACCAAUAAACUGUAUGUAAAAAAGUGAA